AUUGCGUAUUUGCUCAGACGCCUAUUUUUUAAAUGCAUUUCUAUUCUUUUUGUACCGCGAUGCUGAAGAUAGGAAGCAGAGUGAAUGGAAUCCGGUUGCAAGCAUUUUCUGUGCAAGUCGCCAAUGAGACGAAAUCAGCAAAAGUCAACAUUCCGCCAGCAAUCAAGCGAGGACCCACAGAUCUUCUUCGAGCAUUGUCUGAAACGGUGGGUGUCGACACCACCGCACCUCACUUCGCUUUUAUCGAUGAUCCUGCGAUGAUUCCGAGCACCGCAGCCACGAAGAGAAAUUAUUACAUGGCCAAAGAAAUGGGGAAACGUGCUGCGCGCCAGUUGGCGGAGGAAUGGCCUACAUUGUUCGCUUUGGAUCGUGAUGAUCCCUAUCUUCCUGCGUUUCGCCCUCAGAAACCAGCGGAUCCCUUACAGGUCGACCCGACUGAAGCAAACCUCCUUUCUAUGAUUGAAAAGCGAGAAGUGCAAGAUGCUGUGAUGCUGUACGAACGUAUGAGAGGCGAGAACAUGGAGGUGUCUCAGGAGACACAGAUGAAGCUGUUCAAGCUGGUUACUUACUAUAAUGGCAAAAACGUCCCAUUUUCCGAAUGGGAGGAGUGGCAUGGAAUGCGUACUUUUGGUGAAAAUGAGCCAAGCACCUGGACACAGGGCGGAAUCGCUGAUCUUUUAUAUGAAGUACUUCCGCACACUCCUGAAACAACUUCAAUAAUGAUCGCUGGGUUAGCUAAGUUUGCUAGUAACGAAAGCGUAUCCAGAGCAAAGGAAUUAUACAAGGAAUUGUCUUCAAAGAGCAAUCCGCAUGCACUAGCUUAUGACGCCUUGAUGGCUGUUUCGAAUUGGAAGGAUGCUCAUGCUCUCAUGAAAGAUAUGGCUGCGAAAAAAGUGAAGCCAUCGUUGUCUACUUGGAACUCUCUACUUACUGCAGCAGGAAAGCAAAGCAACGUGAGCGAACGCCUUGCAACAUUCGAAAAGGUUAUGGGCGAAAUGAGCGCAGCUGGUGUGACUCCAAGUUUAGCAACCUACCAUGUGAUACUGAACAGCAUUAUCCAAAACCUGCCUUCAUUUGAAGACAAGGGCUCCGAGAAGAAGAGUGAUGCGGCUUUGACAGUGGCAAUGUCCUGGAUCUCUGAGAUGUUGACUGAACUGGAAUCGCGUCCUUCUCUUGAUGUUUCCUCUGUGAAAGAUCAUUGCUUUUUUCUGGAUGCCAUGGGUUUGAUUAACUAUGCUGGAAAUCUGGAAAUAGCUGAACGAUUGGUAAAGCUUUACGAAAGUUCUGCAAACAAUGUGAAAAUGCCCGCGUUGACAGCUGAAGGAAUGUUCUAUAAUAGAUACCUUCUUUUAUUUGUGGAGCGCGUUUCAUCCAUGGAAGAAAUUGAGAAGAAAUACAAAGAACUUGUACCAAGGCUUGUCGGCGUUUCUAGGCAGUUGACCUUGGCAAUGGCAGAUAAGCUAAAACAGUCUCCUCGCUGGACACUCCUUGUGCGAUUGAUAGAAGACGGUAUUUGUGCGCGACAGAUGGUUGACAUUCGAGUUGGUCAAGUCUUCAGGGAGCUUCUCAUCGACACUCAUUAUCAGGCUUUGUCUGCGGAACAUCGCGAGGAAUAUUCUAAGCUCAUUCAUCGCUUGGUUGACAUAUGGAUUGAAUUUAGUCGUUUCACGGAGGAACGGCAAAGAAGGCUGCAGUUGAAAUUUUCACCUAGCUCGAUAGCAGAGUGUGCCCAACUUCUCAACCGAGUGGGAGACUCCCAAAAGGCAUACGAGCUUCUGCAAAUGUUACUAGAUCCCGAAACAUCCGAAGGAGACGAAGCGACAGUCUUGAAUGCAGGUUUUGCACGACAUUCUGCGAUGUACGAGCUUUUUGAAGAUGCACUGCGCGAGCAGGAUCCUUAUAAAGCUGCAACUUCCUUGGAAAUCCUGAGCGUUAGCUUGCCGCGAAACAAGUUGGAGCCCUUAGUUCAACGAAUUCAAGAUAGGUGUCAUCUGACAGCCGAUCAAAGUAGGAUAUUGAGCGGAUUUGUUCGAUUACGACCACAGUAGAUCUCAUGUACAGAUUAGAAGGUUUCAAAUGGUAGUGUAGGUUUAGGUUGUAUGUAUCAGUUGCUUGUUCAAUAUUUGUUGCUUUUGUUGUCAUCUUGUUAUGUAGUUGAAAAAUGAUAUUCAUAGUAAUAUCAAAAUGACCCAAUAAACUUGGUUAUCAAGUUGAGCUUAUGUAGACUUUUCAGUCGUAGCAUGUAAACUCCCUCUUCCCUCUCAAAUACAC